AUGAUCGUUUUCCCAAAUUCCCUGGAAAAUUGGUUUGAUAAGACCACAAAGAUCCAUUGUCAGCAGGAGAAGGAGAAAGGAAUUCUUACAUCUGUAUACUUUCUGAUUGGAUCAUUCUGUUCUGAUGGAGAUAUUCAUGUAGCUUAUCCCGCCAAAUGUCCAUUACCGGAAUCAGCUAAAGAUUCUGUAAGUUCUAAACGAAGUAAAAGAAAAAUAUUAAGAGAAAAGCUAUUAAUUUGUGAAGAUGAUAAGGAAGGUGAUAGUCUCAGCAAAUCUUUCGACGAUGUUUGGCUCAGUGAUUGCGCCGAGAAAAUCACGAGAAUACUGCCUGGAGGGGUGAAUAUCGUAGGUAUAGCAUGGUUUUCGAAUAGGAAUGUUUUUGCUGACAAAAAGCCAAUGAUCAUACGAGCAAUUGCUAGAAUUCAGAGAACAAACAAUUCUCUCACAAUGCUUAAUCUGGGAAAUGUUCAUGAUUAUAUGGGGUUGGUGCAUGUCGAAACACCUUUCGCCAAAGCUCAGGCUAUAGUUGUCGAUGUUAUCAAACGCAACCCAGAAAGUCCCACCAAAAUUUCUUUCUCCGCUUUAGAAUGGAUUUCUGUCGUAACAAAUGCCUCAGCACGUGUGAACUUGAAUAUACCAAUGAAAGGAAAACACUAUCACUUCUACAAUGAAUUUGCUGCCGCCGUUCGUCCAUUCGCGGAAAACCUAUUGAGUUGCGAUACGAUUCUGGUUGACGGAGCUUUGAGAGAGGGAACCGAGCCUCUAUUCAAAGACUUAAAAAAGAAAAAAAGUUCCGCCGUAGAAGUCCAACUCUUCAUUGAUCCAUGUUAUGACAAGAAAAAUGCUUGUGAAGCCGAAAAGGCUACUAAUCUUCUCGAAAUUACAUUCGAUAUUGAAAUUCGGGGAGCUAUUCCUCUUCGCUCUAAUGUCGAAGCAGUCAAAACGGCAGCUAAACACCAUUUAAUUCGUUCCCUCAUGUCAAGAGCUGAACUACAAUUCGAAUCUAUGGAGGUAGUGGAGGAGUCUUCGAAUAACCAAGAAUGCUCAGUUCAUCAGUUACCUCGUCCCGCAACUACUUUACUUCCUUGUAAUGGUUCCGUGCUUAUAUCUGAUUAUCUGUUUGAAGCUGAUACCGUCGAGGAUGCUCAAAAGAAUUUCGAAGAGCUAUUGGAGCUGAAAACAAAUAUAGAGCAUGUAGAUGACGGGUGGGAGAGGGCUUUGUUACCUGAAGAAAUGGCAUCUGUGAAAAGUCCUUUAGACGGAUCCCCGGUGGUUUCUUACAAAGUGUCGGAAGACGAUAUUUCCGCUGGGCCUUUCUUUAUUGUUCUUGCCGUCAUAGUCGCCAUCAUUGCCAUAAUUGUGUAUUUCGCAAUGAGGACUUGA